AUGCCCCCGCCCCGGAGACCCCCGGCCCACCUGCUCCUGGUUUGCCUCUUUGCCAGCUUCCAGCAGUGGUUAGCAGCCCUCAAACUGCGCAGGGCUUCCCAGAUGCAGCCGGGCCCCAGAAAUCUCCCUGCCCAUGGGCUGCUGGGAGCAGCCUCCGCCUGGUUUCGAUUCUGGCUCACAAUGUGGCUCUCCAGCCUGAGCCCGCGGAGAGGCCAGGCAUCCAUCACGGGAUCCCCGCAGCCCAGCGCCCAUGCUGCGGUCUUGCCAAAGAUUUUUCUCCUCUGCGGGAUCUCCUUGUGUUCGGGAGAGCACUGCUGUGAUGGUCGGUGCUGUAGCCUACGCCCAGGAUUCAAGGAGGGGACGACUAACGGGUUCGGACUUAUCUUCAUCAUCAUGGGCGUGAUGAUUGGGGGCGGGGUCCUCUUCACGGUGUACAAGUGCUGCAAGAACUGUGCUGGGCUGGACGAGACGGAGGGCAUCGAACCAGCGCAGCCCCACGUCCCACCUGCCCCCAGGACGGCCCCUCCCAGGUCCCCCUCCCUGCAGCCCCAGGGGGAUCCCCCGCCCUACAGCGAGGUGGGUUCCGGCUGUCUGCCCGUGGAGCAGCGGGCACAGGCCGUUUGCUACACCCGUUGCCAGCCCUCCACCAGCUGGUGCAGAACUGAUUGCCCUAGGGCCCAGCCCUCUGUGCCCCAGCCAGGACUCGCGCGGCUCCCCCUGGCUCUCUACGGCUCGGAGCCCAUCAGUGCCCGCUGGCCGGUGGGGGCGUGAGCCCAGGCUAGCAUCAUGGGAGAUGGGGGAGCAGGGCUCGGAUGGCAGCGUUGGCCACUGUCUGGUGCAUUGCUGGCUC